AUGAGUCCGGUUCUCCGUAUCCAGGAAGGCUGCAACCACACUAUCAGAGUUCCAGUCACUGACCCAGAUAAUGACAUUGUGUGGUGUCGGUGGGCUGUGGGGGGUGAAUGUGCUGGGAUUUGCAAUGGGUUUCCAGGUGCAAUUCUUGUUCCCGAAACUUGCUCCUUGGUUUAUGUCGCUGAUCAGGGACAAGGAUUCCGAGCAGCAGCACUCAUGAUUGAGGAUUUUCAGCGAGGAUCCACCAUUCCUUUGAGUAGCGUGGCACUACAGUUUCUCGUUCUUGUUGUAGACACAAUGAGGUCUUGCUCGGUGAAUCCCACCUUUGUCCCACCUACCCCAUAUGAUGACUCUUGCAUUGCUAUUCCCUCUGGCCAUACACUACAUCUAAGACUAGUGGCAAGCAGUGGCUAUGAAGGAGACACCAUAUCCGAGAUACAGACCGCCUCUCCAGCAGGACUGGUAAAGUCUAGUGUGUUUUCUGAUGAAACAGCUGGUGUCUUCUAUGUCAAUAUAACAUGGUUACCCACGCUUGAGCAAGAGAAUGAUAUACACCUUUUCUGUUUCACAGCCACCAACACAGGCGGACUGUCUAGCAGCCAAUCGUGUAUCCAACUGCUCCCCGGACAUUAUCCUCCCACUCCUUUAGCCGAAACAGCGUCCCCUAAUAUGGCAACACAUGUUCAUCCCUCUCAACAUUCAUUUCAAGUGAAAUUUGAUAGACAAGUGAAGCGUACUUCUUUCCCUGCUUUCAUUUCCUUCCACGAGUUUAGCACUGGUAAAGUGGUGUAUCGGAUAAAUGCCUCGUCUGAGGCAGAGAUCGCAUUUGAGAAUGGCACAAAAAUCAUACUGACACCCGAUUACAGGCAGUAUGGGAAGCGACAAAGGUUCCUCUUCCAGCUGUUUUGGCUCCUUCAGCAGCCCUCUCUGAGUCAUGGAAGGUACUACACUCUCUCAAUCACGGCCACAGACCAGGCAGGUAAUGUUGGAGAGCCAGUCAGCUACAAUUGGGAGACUGAUUUUGAAUCCCCAACUGUGUUCGGAGUGGCCAACACCAGUGCCCUCUGCACUGGUGACUUGUCUCCAGCUCAGACAGACGGGGUGAUAUUGAACCAGAAAACACAAACAGUUUCAUGGCGCAGAGUGCAGGUUGGCAACUACACAUUAACAGUUGAAGUUCAGAAUGAAGUAAGUGUCGAGAGAGUGUCAUGGUCCCUUGUAGUGAGCCCUGGCUAUACUGCAGUCCUGGAUCCAGUGACUGAGAACCUUUACCCUAGAGCAACCCCUAUAGAACUGACUGGUCGAGUCGAGUACUUUGAAGGAAACACAAUUGAAGGUCUCCUUAGAGGGUUUGUGCCAGUCACAAUAGAAAUCAAUGGUCUCAACGGAAGGAGAGAGUUGAAGACAUUCAGUCAGAGAGACAGGACAUUUUCAGGCGUUUUUUACCCAGCCCACACUGAGUAUGGGUCCUACGUGGCUGGUGCCAAACACCCACGUGCACCAAGAGCCACUGACCAAACAAGUUGGGACUUCCUUGGGAUGUCAUUCACCCCACGAAAUGUGCAAUUGAGAGAAGCAACUGUCACUUCAUUUGAGAAGACCUUCCACAAUGUGUCAUUUCUCAUCAAUGAUGGUCCACAAGCCCUUCACAACAUUUUAGUGAUCAGCUCUUUAGAGAACAUGGACCAGCUGACGAUCACAGCAACUCUUAGCCAUUCAGAAUUGCAACCAGGUGAAACUACCUCAAUCGACAUCUAUGUAAAAUCUGCAAGUGCCCUUCAGGCUUCAUUUUCAAUUACAGUACGCUCAGUGGAAGGCACUGAAGCCUCUCUCUUUGUCAACCUUUUCAUAGCACAGAUCCUUCCCAAACUUGUCAUCAGUCCAUCUUCUAUCACCACAAGAGUGGUUAGGGGAACAGCCCGCAGUUUGGACUUCAAUGUCACUAAUGUUGGGAGUAUACCAGCUAACAUGGUGAGAACAGUUUUGCCCAAUGUAGCAUUUAUGUCGCUCGUCAAUUUUGGAACUGCACAGCAGCAAAAUGAACGGCAACUGACGCUGGACAGUGGUGAUUCUGCCAUAUUGACUGUGUUGGUUACGGUCCCUCCAGAAGAACCUCUUGGGGAGAUUUCUGGUAGAAUAGUCAUAUCAUCCAUGGAAACCUUUGAAACUAUUCGCUUUAGGAUACUUGUCUCUUCAGACAUGCUUAUGAACUUGACAGUACUGGUAGAAGAUGAGUACUCCUAUUUUGCUGAGGGGCGACCAUUACUUAGUGGUGCAGUUAUUACACUUACAAGCAGACAGCGUGGUAUUAGAGAGAUGCUGACUACAGGAGAGAGUGGAAUGGUAACUUUCUUGAAUAUCAAUGAAGAUAGAUAUCAGCUUCGGGUCACCGGCCCUAACCAUGCACCGCUUGAACAGAUCUUGGUGACCUCAGCAGAAGAGCCUGUUCACACAGUAUUUCUACCAAGGAGGGCUGUAACGUACUCCUUCACUGUAGUCCCGACCACCUUCGAUGAGACAUACACAGUGACGCUAGAGGCAGACUUUGUGACACAUGUUCCAAUUCCAGUGGUGACCAUAACACCAAGAGAGGUCUCACUGGAGCCAUACGAACUGGGACUGAAAGACACAAUUCAAUACAACAUCACAAACCACGGCCUUAUCAGAGCUGAUGAUGUAGGUUUCCAACUCCCAACUGGACACCCUUUCCUCGAGUUUUCAACUGAUAUUGAAGAGUUUGGUUCUCUUGAGGCACUGACCUACAUUAUUGUUCCGGUGAAGGUUACACGUAUUGAGGGUAGGGAAAAGAGAAAUGUGGCUGCAUGUAUUCUCUACGCAAUUGGAGUCGCAUAUUCCUAUGUGUGUGGUGAUGUCCAGCAUCGUUCUGCCACAGCAAUACUCAGGGGAUUUGGACAGGUGUGUGGGGGAGGUGGCAACAGCGAUAGCAGUGGGCGUAGGGGGAAGAUAUAG